AUGACUGUUUUUGAAAGGACACCCAGUGCCUGGAGACGCAGGGACACUUUCCCUAAUAUCAGAGCUGCAGGGAAAGUUCUAGCACAAGGACACAGGGCGCAGGCAUGUCUCCAGGAAAUAACACCAAGGCCUGAGACGCCCCCGGUGGUUAGGAAGUUCCUCAAGAGUACACAUCCGGAGCCAGGGACAAUCCGGGUGUUCUACGGGAAAGCAAACGACCCUGAUAUCGCCAGCACUCUGGUGCAUGGAAUAAACCCGAAGUCAUCUGAUAAUGCUGGAACUGUGAUCAACCUGCCACCUAGGACUCGCUACCAAGAGAGGAAGCAAGAGGUUCAGGAGGCCAUUUAUGGCAGCAGACAGAAAGCUCCAUUUGGACGAUCCCAGCUUCUGGGUCCUGGGCUUCCAAAUGGUCUUGAUCCUGAAAAAACAACUUUUGGUGUUAAAUCACUUUAUUCUGUUAACGCUGGCGAGACCAUCAAUCCACCAAAAACAGCAGAGCAGGUAGAACAAGAAGCGCAAGACGGACAUGAGAAAUACAUCCGCUCACAUAGUUCCUACUUUGUUGGUGAGCGUGUGAACAGGAAGUAUGACUUGACUAGUUACAGGAAGGACAGCAGGUUUGGUGUGGCCACUCCGCAUCGCAAUGAUGGACACAACAUCAGAAAGUCUCUCCAAUGGCUGUGUGAGACACAAAAGAACCACAGUGCAAAAUUUGUCUCAAAGCAAUGCGAUGACUUCAGAGAGAGGACACAGUCGCAGAUCGGCAAAGUACGUGACCCAAUCGCAGACACCUUGAGGGUUCCAGCUGAUCACACAUUCGGAGCGUUGCUGCAUCCUGAUGAGUUUGGUGCAGGAGAUGUCCUCCAUGCCACGCCACCUUCAGAGCACAGGAAAGGACAGGACCGACAUCACACACUGGUUAACACCGUACGCCAGCACUUGAAGAAGGCCAACUUUCACAACUUCACCUCUUUGCUGCAAGCAUUCAGACACUAUGAUAAGAAAGGCCAGGGAAGUAUCGAUAAGGAGGACCUACAGGAGGUGUGCCGUGAGUUUAACCUGGACCUCAGCACAGGCAUCCUGGACGACCUUAUGGAUUACUGCGAUGUUGAUAAAGACGGGUUAAUUAACUUCCUGGAAUUUGCAAAUUUCCUUAAUUGGAAGGAUAAAAUGCCGAUCAGUCGAGCAGAGCAAAGGAUUUUGACAAGAGAGCGGAAGCCCAGCACGGCGCCGGGUGUCAGCAUGAGAGCUGAGGUGCAGGAAGCAGACGCAGAGAAACCAGCUGGAACUGAAAGUCUGGCCAAGUGUGAAGACCUGGAAGCUGUGAAGGUGGUGAGUGCUCUGAAAACCCCCAAAACACUGUGCAGAACUCGAGCAGAGCCAGAGCGCUUCAUCACCUCAUCCUCUGCCAUCUGUGCCAUCGUGGGUGAUCUGGCUGCUAACGAUUAUCAGACAUACGGCGUUCCGUCAGUGCGUACAGAUUUGGCUGCCCCACGUAUCAAACGCAUCAGCGACCAAACAAACUAUGGUGAAGAAGGCACGGUGUAUGAACUGCUGUUUCCCACACUGUACUCGCUUUUCGGGAUGCACGAGAGACAUUUCUUCUGCCCUCGUACCAAGGACGAGAUGGAGCAGAUUUUCCGGAAUGCCGGCCUGUGUAUUCCCGAUCAGACAUUUGAGGAGGCCUGGAGCUUAGCGUCCAGGAGUCACCCAACUGGAGAAGUGUGUGUGGAGAGUUUUCGAAACUCUCUCAAUGAGCUGCAGGCAAAUUAG